AGGUCCUCAGUUUGAAUUAGUUUUCCUUAUUGUGCCUUUUCAAAAACAAAUAUUGGAUAGCUUCAACGAUGACUACCCUAACGGAUUGUACGAUUGGUAGUACUACUACUGACAACAACAACAUCAAACCAUUGUCCGAAGUGACUGGAGGGAUAGUUCAGUCACCAACAAGUCCAAAACCACCACUGCAAACAGGUCCUAAACAUAAACUUAUAUCUGAGGCUGAUGUACAAGUAUGUCGCCUCAAUCAUACAAGGACUAUUGUGAGCAAAAUCAUGAACUCUAGGUAUCUCAGAAGAUGGGAAAGUCACAGAAUUGUUUUGGACCAUAAUGAAAUGCGUUCAACAACUCCGACGGGCUUCAUGGAGCUGGCCGUGCCCUACUCGAGUAUAGAGGACGUCCAUAUUGUGUCCAGAUGGGAUGCAGGGCAAAAGUUUUGUCUACGGAUCACCAUACAGGAUGGCUCGGUGCUGUUACAA